AAUGGUCCUCCCUCCUCCUGGCUUCCGCUUUGUGCGGAAGUUCAGGCUGGACGUUUAGCGGGCGCGGCACCAGGAAAGGGGAGAACCUGUCCAUUUCCAGAGCAUUUCCCCAGUAGAUCUGUUUGCUUCCUACAACCUCUGAAGACAUAUAAUUACGACACUAUGGCAGGGAUUUUGUGUUCAGUGGUUCACAGGCCCCCAGGCAGGCUACAGACUGUGACAAAACGUGUGGAAUCUCUCAUGGGUACAGAUUGGAUUCGUCACAAAGUUACCAAAUCAAGAAUUCCAGAUAAAGUGUUUCAGCCUUCACCUGAAGAUCAUGAAAAGUAUGGUGGGGAUCCACAGCACCCUCAUAAACUACAUGUUGUUACCAGAAUAAAAAGUACAAUAAGACGACCAUAUUGGGAAAAAGAUGUAAUCAAGAUGCUUGGAUUAGAAAAAGCACACACUCCUCAAGUUCAUAAGAACAUCCCUUCAGUAAAUGCAAAGCUGAAAGUGGUUAAGCAUCUCGUAAGAAUCCAGCCUCUGAAGCUGCCUCAAGGACUUCCCACAGAAGAAAACAUGGCUAACACGUGCCUCAAGAGUACCGGGGAGUUAGUAGUGCAGUGGCAGCUGAAGCCUGUGGACACCUGUAAGCCCAGCACUCAGGGGGCAAAGGCAGAAGAAUCCUUGCAAGUUCAAGGACGGACCCAGGCUACAUAA